CAGCUUUGCUCCUUGAUUUGAAUCAACCAGGCCAGAGUUUCAGUCAGGUCUUGAGCGAUUAAAAUAACAAGCAGUCUGCAAAAUGUCGAUGCGAUCGUCGAAAUCAAAGGAGAGAGGGGUGGUGUUGUUAAGCGGAAUACUAAAAUCUGUGUCGCCAAGUAUUAUGCUCAACUCUGAUUGGAAAUGGUUUGAGUUCGGAUUUGGGCUUCCGCAGGACUAAAAGUGGGUGAAGAUAUGUUGUGUUCACCAGAUGUUUGUUGAAAUGACCCAGUAAGAUUGUGUUGUAUUUAUGUAUGUCUCCAUUCUGCAGUACUACUGUGUAUGUGUGACACCCGGUAAGUACGUAAGUAAUCCUGUCAUGGGCCUAUAGAAAUUCUGUCCUACACCUUAACAUUCAACACCCUUUCAACCCCACAAUUUUUUUUAUUGGAACUGAAUUAUCUGUCCGAGAAUUACUAAUUAAGUGAAGGAAUAAAAAGAACUCCCGCCAUGUUAGCCCUUUGUGGCAGGUAUGAAUAGGAGGCAAAAAGAGAGCCGUUAUAGUUAUAGAGCCUCUCUUGUACUAACACUGCCUUGAACAAAUAUACCUAACUCUUAUCUCCUUUUCCCUUAAAUCAAUCCCACAUUCUUUCCCUAUAUAACCAAACCAAAACCCAUCUCUUAUCUUAUACAACUUUUUUAGUUUACUGGCUUUUUUUUCCUCUUGUUCCAGGCCAACCAUUUCUUUAACUGCAAUACACUUUGAUUUUUGCUACUUUCCUUUCACAAUAAUUUCACUUUCUUCCUGACAGUGAUGGGGGCUUUAUUCCUCAAUUCUCCCUCAGUUGCACUGCACAAAUAUGUUAGAAUCUCCAAUGAGGGAGACCGGUUGUUGUUGAGGAGAAACAAGAGUUUUGUACGUUGUCAAGCUGGGAAGAAGGUGACAAAGCCUGUAAAAGUUUCUUCAAUCGGUGCUGAUCUAAUGGAGGCAGGGAGCUUAGUCUUAACUCCAAAUGGGAAGGGCCAGCAAGAGAUUGCAGUGAAGGAUCUGGUGCCCUAUGGUGGACCAACCAAUUCUUUAGUGGAGAUGCAUGAGGGUAUUGGAAUCGUCAAAUUUCUUAGAGGGAAAGUGUUUUUUAUAACUGGUGCAACUGGGUUUCUAGCCAAAGUUCUUAUAGAGAAGAUUUUACGUAUGGAGCCUGAUGUGGGCAAGAUAUUUCUCUUAAUCAAGGCAAAAGACAGAGAAGCUGCAAUGGAAAGACUGAAAAAUGAAGUCAUAAAUGCGGAGCUUUUCCAGUGUCUCAGAGAAGUAUAUGGAAAGUCCUACCAAGCAUUCAUGUUAAGUAAACUGGUUCCGGUUCUAGGAAAUGUAUGCAAAUCUAAUCUUGGGUUGGAAGAACAUUCGGCUUCCUUGAUUGCGAAAGAAGCAGAUAUAAUUGUAAAUUCUGCUGCUAAUACGACCUUUGAUGAAAGAUAUGAUGUAGCUAUUGAUAUAAACACAAGGGGACCUUGUCAUCUCAUGAGCUUCGCAAAGAAAUGCAAAAAACUAAAGCUGUUCUUGCAAGUAUCAACAGCUUAUGUCAAUGGGCAGAGAAAAGGACAAAUUAUGGAAAGGCCAUUCUGUAACGGAGAUAGUAUAGCGAUGGAAAAUUUUGUCUCUGAAACUGAGACAAGAUUCCAUCCUAUUUUGGAUAUCGAGAACGAAAUAAAGCUAGCUUUGAGUUUCAAGGAAGCCUUCAAGGAUAAUGAAAUGGUUCAGAAAAUGAAACAACUAGGUUUGGAAAGGGCAAGAAAGUAUGGAUGGCAAGAUACUUAUGUGUUCACAAAGGCUAUGGGAGAAAUGAUGAUCGAUAACAUGAGAGGAGAUGUACCAGUUGUCAUAAUUCGACCGAGCGUUAUUGAGAGCACUUACAAAGAGCCAUUCCCAGGAUGGAUGGAAGGAAAUAGGAUGAUGGAUCCAAUAGUUCUAUACUAUGGAAAAGGGCAGCUCACAGGUUUUCUAGUAGAUCCAAAUGGAGUACUUGAUGUGGUACCGGCAGAUAUGGUUGUCAAUGCUACAUUGGCAGCCAUAGCAAGACAUGGAGUGGCUCCAAAACCUGACAUCAAUAUCUACCAGAUUGCCUCAUCUGUUGUGAAUCCAUUGGUUUUCAAGGACUUGGCCAGAUUACUCUAUGAUCACUAUAACUCUUUCCCAUGUUUGGACACAAAGGGCAGGCCAAUACAAGUUCCAUCCAUGAAACUCUUCAACACAAUGGAAGAAUUUUCCGAACAUCUCUGGAGAGAUGCUAUUGGGAAAACUCGAUCGACGGCGUUAGCUUCUUCAAACCUUAAGCUGUCCCAAAAGCUUGAGUCUAUAUGCAGAAGAUCAGUGGAGCAAGCCAAGUAUUUAGCUAACAUUUAUGAACCAUACACUUUUUAUGGUGGGAGAUUUGACAAUAGCAACACACAGAUAUUGAUGAAAAGUAUGUCUGAAGAAGAGAAGAAGAGGUUUGGAUUUGAUGUUGGAAGCAUUGAUUGGAGAGAUUACAUCACAAAUGUCCACAUUCCUGGCCUAAGAAGGCAUGUCAUGAAGGGAAGAGGGGCUUAACAUACAAACUGACUUGUUCUGUGAAAAAUCUGUGGGGGUCCCCCAAGUAUUGGUAAUAAAUGGAAUUAUGUCCUCUGUUUAAUUUUUUUUCCUUACAUAUAAACAUGUGCUUCUGCUGUAGUGAUUGCUUAUUUCCAAUCUAAUUUUACAUCUGACAG